UGGGGAAGACCAUUUAGACAAAAACAUCAACUCAUCAAGGUAGAAUCAGAGAAGAUUUUGCUUUCUUUUGUCUGAGAGAUUAAAAGCUUGUUACUUUCUUGAUCGAAAUGGCAUCAAAUGACGCUGGAAGACCAUUGCCAAAAUUUGGGGAAUGGGAUGUGAAUGAUCCGGCGACGGCGGAUGGAUACACGGUGAUAUUCAGCAAAGCCGGUGAAGAUAAAAAGAUGGGACGGAGUUCGACGAAGACAGCUUCUCAGAGGAAACAAGACGGUGACAAACCAGCCGUCAAGAAAUGGCUCUGUUUUACCUUUUCUUAAACUCUUUUUGUGUUGUGUAAUUGUUAUCCUAAGGAGGAACUUAGAGUACCUCAAAUGGAGGGUUUUAGCGGAAUAUAAGAAACUCUCUAUUAAUAUUUAACUAAAAAAACCCAAGAACCGGUUUUUAAUUGUCUUAUUUAAGAAUCGGUUUUUAAUUUUUUAAUUAAAAAUUAAGAGACGGAUUCUUAUAUUCCGUUAAAAACUCCGCCGUAAGAAUUUUUCAUUGGAGAUGGUCUUAACUUUGAGCCUUUGAUAACUCUUGUCUUAAAAAAAUUUCGUUUUGGUUUAGUCAUUUGAUAGACUCUGAUGUUUAUUUUCUUAUGAUGAAUCAACAAAACCUGUAUAGUUCUCAAUUUGUAACUGAAUGGAAAAUUUUAGCAAUACGAGAAUGAGAAUAUUGAUUUUGAGGUGA